CAAAUCAAAUAAUCGCGACUCUUUCCAAGACCACAAUCCAAAAUCUAAACUAACGACCAAGGUUGCUGCUGACUUGACGACCAUUCACAAUCCUAAAACCCUAAACCCUUAUUAUUAUUGAUUGUACCCGUCAACAAACCCAGAAACAAACAGAGCACCUUCUCGUGUACACUCUCUCCGUCUCCGUCUCCGUCUCCGUCUCCGUCUCCGUCUCGGCCAUGGCGGCGAUCUCUAACCAAGUCGGAGGUCUCGAAGCCCUUCACCGUCUGAAAUCAACAGAACCGCCGCUCUACCUCUCGCCAUCACCGGACCUCUCUCAAGCCGCUCGCACGGCGUCUCAGCACAUAUUCUCAUCUCUCAGACCAUUUGCUCCCAAAUCCCCUUUCGAUCGCCUCUUGAUUGAUGGCUUCGACGCCGAGCAAAUCUGGCAGCAGAUCGACCUCCAAUCUCAGCCAUUGAUUUCCGGCCUCCGCCGGGAGCUAAGGAAGUUUGAGAAGAAUCCGGAAGAAAUCUCGAAGCAAUUUGGUGGAGUUGGUGUUGAAAAGAGUGAGGGUUUAGAGACAGAAAGCGAGGAUUUAGAGGUGAUGAAUGGAGCGGAAGAUGAGGAAUUGGAAGGGUUUGAUGAAGAUGAAGAUGAUGAGGAUGAGGAAGAGGAAGAGGAGGUCGUGGAGGAGGAAGAGGUUGAGGAGGAAGGUAAAAGCGGCGGACUUGAAGACAAGUUUCUGAAAAUCAAGGAAUUGGAGGAGUAUUUGGAAGACGACGAGGCCAGAGAGUACGGUUUAAAGAAGAGAAAAGGUUAUGGUAAAGUGUCCAGUGAGGGCGAGGAAGAGAACGGGGAAGAUGAUGAACUAGAGGAUGAUGACGAUGAAGAGGAGGAAGACAAUGAGCUUGGAGUUUUUGAAGAUGAUGACAGUGAUGACGAUGGAGGAGCAAACAAGUUGGGAAAAGCCAGAUAUGAGGACUUCUUUGGUGCUAAAAAGAAAAAUGUUCAGAAAAGAAAGUCCAAAUCGGAUAAUGAAUCAGAUGACUCGGACUUGGGUGAUGAACAAGAGAAUGACAAGGCUUUCAGCGAUCAGAAAAAAGAAAAUAUCUCUACUCAUGAAAAACAGCUCGGGAAGCUUCAAUCUAAGAUUGAGCAAAUGGAAAAAGCAAACAUGGAACCAAAAACGUGGACUAUGCAGGGGGAGGUAACUGCUGCUAGAAGGCCUAAAAAUAGUGCAUUAGAAGUUGAUCUAGAUUUUGAACACAAUGUGAGACCUGCCCCUGUAAUUACAGAAGAGGUGACUGUAUCCAUUGAGGAGUUAAUUCAGAAACGGAUACUUGAGGGCCGUUUUGAUGAUGUUCAGAAGGCUCGUAGUUUGCCAUCUAGAUCACCAAAAGAACUUAAGGAAUUGGACGAGAAUAAGAGCAAGAAGGGACUUGCUGAAAUUUAUGAGGACGAAUAUGUUCAGAAAACUGGCCUUGUUUCGGCAGCAUUGUCUUUCUCGGAUGAACAAAAGAAAGAGGCAAGUGUGCUGUUCAAGAAACUGUGCUUGAAGUUGGAUGCUCUAUCUCAUUUCCACUUCACUCCAAAACCAGUCAUAGAAGAUAUGUCUAUUCAAACAAAUGUCCCUGCUCUGGCAAUGGAAGAGAUUGCACCGGUGGCAGUCUCAGAUGCAGCUAUGUUGGCUCCUGAAGAAGUGUUUGGUGGAAAAGGAGAUGUUAAAGAAGAAGUAGAGCUGACGCAAGAAGAGAGGAAGAGGAGGAGAGCGAACAAGAAAAGAAAAUUUAAAGCCGAGGCAGUGAAAAGGGGUGCAAAGAAGGCACGAGAAAGCACAUUGCCCGAUCACAUUAAUGGCAAGGAAGAUUGAGGAGUUCCAGAGUCGAUUUCAAUUUUUAUGAGGAGCUCCUUAUAAUUUUGGUUGGACCAUGGUUGAAGUUUUGGGACUGCCUUGGGGGUUGUUUCUCCUAGCGACGCCAUGACGACCGUUAAUAGUCCUUUGAUUGGUCUGAAUUGGGGUUAAGGAAAACCUGAAGAUCACUUAAUUGGAGCUUGAUGUUGAAUUUUUUCAUGGCAGUGAUUUCUGGCUUUUCCUUGUAUAUUUAUAUCCUUGGCGCGAGUAAUUUUGAUCGAUAGUUUAAUGUGUUAUAUUCUUCGAAAUUCAAACAGUUUGUUCACAUUUUCCUUUAUUUAUUUAUUUUUCUUUUUGUCUCUUGUAUUAAUCAGUAGAGGAAGCUGUAACUUCGUUUAUUUAUUUGAGUCACAGUUCAUAUACCAA